CACCUGGCCGAUGUUUGAGGCAGUCGUUAUUCCGGCGAGCCAGGCGAGCGUCGCAGGGACUGCAACAGCGUCGUCGGUGUCGUCUCAGUAUCUCGCCUUUGGAGUGUGGUGGACCCCCUGCGGUUUGCAUGCCAAAGUAGUGGAGUAAAAAAACCGAGGCCUCGACAUGAGUAAGAACCCCGGUAAAAACAAACUAAACCUUAAGCUCCCACCGGGUUCUAUAGAACCUCUGGACCAUCAAGGAGGUGAUGCUGGCAAUGAGAAAUCGACACUCGCAACUAGCAUGGAGGCUCUCCAAAAGACUUUGGAGGGCCUGGAGUUAGACGAGCAACAGCGCAAGCGCUUAGAAGCGUUCCUCUCACAGAAGCAGAAAGUAGGAGAACUUAGUAGUGAUGAUUUUGAAAAUCUGGGUGAACUGGGUGCUGGGAAUGGAGGUGUAGUAACCAAAGUACUCCAUCGUCCCAGUGCACUAGUAAUGGCACGAAAGUUGAUCCACUUGGAAGUCAAACCUGCAAUCAGGAACCAAAUUAUUCGGGAGCUGAAAGUGUUGCACGAAUGCAAUUCCCCACACAUUGUGGGGUUCUAUGGAGCGUUUUACAGUGACGGUGAAAUCAACGUCUGUAUGGAGUACAUGGAUGGCGGAUCUCUUGACUUAGUUCUCAAGAAAGCUGGCCGCAUCCCAGAACAGAUUUUAGGCAAGGUCACAAUCGCGGUGUUGAAAGGACUGAGCUACCUAAGAGAAAAGCAUCAAAUCAUGCACCGUGAUGUGAAACCAUCAAAUAUGCUUGUCAACUCGAGAGGAGAGAUAAAAAUCUGUGACUUUGGAGUGAGCGGUCAGCUGAUAGACUCCAUGGCCAACUCCUUCGUAGGAACAAGGUCGUAUAUGUCGCCGGAGCGAUUACAAGGCACACAUUACACUGUGCAGUCAGACAUUUGGAGCCUCGGGCUGUCGCUGGUCGAGAUGGCCCUGGGACGCUACCCCAUUCCCCCGCCUGAUGAUCGGGAGCUUACUGCCAUUUUCGGUCGUACGUACAAUCCAGAAGGGAAUGCAACAGGAGCUUCAGGGGAUGGCCCACGACCAAUGUCCAUUUUUGAGCUCUUGGACUACAUUGUCAAUGAGGCCCCUCCAUCUGUUCCAGCAGGUGUGUUUUCUCCGGAGUUCAAAGAUAUGGUUGACAGAUGUUUGAAACGGAACCCAAGCGAAAGGGGAGAUCUGAAAACUUUAAUGAACCACCCAUACGUAAAAAGGUCGGAGCAAGAGAAAGUGGACUUUGCUGGCUGGGUUUGCCAGACGAUGGGGCUGGACCCUUCUACUCCUACCAAGCUCACUCCUGAUGGGCAGGCCUGACUUCCAUGAGGUUCUACUACAGGUGGCACCACCUAUCUCUAAUUACAACGGCCCCCUCCUGACUAGCUGGGACCACACACAUCGCAGAAACUGAAAGAACUUGCUCACGCGUGCUGAUCCAUGUGUGUGACCGAACACAUUAUUUUUGACAGUAUGUGAUGCAGGACACAUUGGAAGUGGUGUGUCGUUUACGCGAGCCUUAGUAAGGUGGCAGCACUUCCAAUUUUUAUUUCAUUGGCUUAGUGUCCUGUAUCGUACAUGGGCGUCUACAGGUUUGGCAGAGUUCAUGUUGUUGUAUUCUGCAUCUAGACUUUUCCUUUCUCUACAUUUAGUACCUAAGCACGUCAGAAAUUCUGCACUGCCAUCUGCAGGAAAUGACAAAAUCACAUGCAGACAAAACAUUUCUUUUGGCUGACUUCCACCCUAUUAAUAACCUUCAUAGUUUGGUCAGUACAAAAUAAUAAUACGUAUGCUGAUUGUCAAUAUGGUAUAGUUUCAUUUAUCAAUCUCUUUUUCUUAUAAAGUUGCAUUGUGAACACUGUUACUUUAUUUUAGAAGCUCUUGAAGUUUAGUAUGAAAUUUAGAAAAGGUUGAAAAUUGGGUGGUUGGUAGUCCAUAAUUAAAGGCGCUAAAACCCCCAGUGCCGGGGAGCUAAAACAAAUGACACAACCAUAGAGCACUGAAACCACAGUGCUCUGUGGUUUUGUCAUUUGUUUUAGCACUGUUAAGUAUAAAAUUUACCUGAACCAGUACUGCUCUACAGCACUUGAGCAUUUUGUGAUCAAAUUUACGUAUACCUUUGUUUCGUCACCAUUGGGGCUGCUGUCUUUGAGGUUGACAUCAAAAAAGAAAUAUUACUGCGCAGCUUUCAGGGCAAAAGGUUUGGGUGAAUUGUGUUCUCUGCCGGCAUUGCUGUAUCUUUGGACCCAUAAGUUCUAUUUUUUAUUUUCCUGCCAUUCUGCCUUUUGCCUUUCGUAUUUCAAGGAGUUCUGAGAACAAUGUUCUUAAUUUAUUUAUAUUCCUUUCCUGACAGUAAGAUGCAUUACAUUUCUUCUUUGGUAUUUGUCAGAAUGCUGGAGACUUGAUUCAAGUCUGGCGUAAAAAUGGGGGUUACUGGAAAAAACAAGGGUCUAUGCCUAUGUCAUGUGGUGGAGCUACAUGGUGGGUGUUAUUUUGUCUUCAUAUCAUCCUGCUUUAUUUUCCUUGGAAGUUUUAUAAUUUAGGUUUUGCCUGCCCAUAGUGGCUGUAGAUGUCCAAUAGAUUUGUGCUUUUUGAUCAUGCUGAAGUGUUUAGUGUGGAAGUCAACUCCGAAUCAGAAAAUAAUGCAGUGUACACAAUAGCACCCACGAGGUACGUGCCAAAGGCGCUUUUUCUUAUUGAUACUAUCGCAAUUAUUUAUUUGUCGUCUCGAGUCUGCUCACAUAUCGAAUCAAGGUAGCUCUCGUAAGCCUGAUCUCUGCCCCCACCUCUCCCUACACAUGCCCAUAAGGAGUUGAUUGAAUGACAACAUUCCCCGAUCUUCUGGAAUUGUUUAUAGCAGAAAUGCAAGGAGCUUGUUCCUUUAUGGAUUCAGUCCAGCCUUAGAAUUUUAGUUUUUAAAGCAUCCGGUAUGAAGUGUUCACUUGACCAAAGAUGUUUGCAGUAAUAUUGCAUUUUAGUGUUUGGUUAAUAAAUCACUGUCUGAAAUACUUUA